AUGAAUUCUACUCCCCUAGAGUUUCUUGAUCUUAACUGCAGUGCACGUGAUAUCGAGGAUUAUUUUGAACGUUUUGAGAUUUGGUGGUUGACCCGUCCAAAACCCGAUGAGGAAAAGAAAUCCGCUUUCUUUUUGAAUGCUGCCGGUAAAAAUGCUUAUACAUUAAUCAAAAACUUGGCUUAUCCUUCUCCACCUGUUUCCGUACCGUACGAUGAUUUAAAAUCCCUCCUCCUCCAGCAUGUGAAGCCAACGAACUUCGAAGCCUCAGAACGAGCAAAAUUUCAUUCAAUGGUACGCAAUCCGAAUCAGGGCAUCCGUGAAUUCAUCCUGGAUUUGCUCACUCAAGCUGCAAAGUGUGAUUUUGGAGAUUUACUGGACAUGCAAUUGAAAGAUCGGCUGAUCGCUGGCAUCAACAAUACCGUUUUGCAAAAUGAACUUCUGAAGCUAUCCAGUCCGACGUUCAAAGAUGUGCGGGCUUAUUGUGAACANUCAUUUCACGGUAGUUAUCUCACUGACUAUAUAAAAUGA